UGUAAACAAACACCUUGUAUAAAUUAUAUAAAGAAUACCGCUGUACACAAGUAUUCUAGUCGUCGGCUCUGCAGUGACCGAUGCGAUACUGAAACUUGACAACUUUUUUGUGGAAGUUAACGAAAUUAAUUGAUUUAAAAACAGAUUUGUCUGAAAAUGUGGCCAAGGAAGCGUAGCAAGUACACAAUAUCGUAAUGGAGAAGGUAAUAUGCGUGAUCUUAUAUUUUAGCAGGAAAACAUGGAGUGUGAAGAUAAAACAGAUAUGAGGUCGGUUUCACGUGUAGUCAAAUAUGGAGAUCGACACUACAUAAGUUAAUUGAGGUUUAGUCCUAUUAUUAAAAAUACAUGAUAUGCUGUUUGUGAUGAUCAAAUAUAACACCAAUGUCAUACUGUAAACCAGCAUCAGCAGCCCUUCCCAGAGCAUUUGUUACGGGUCAGAAUCUCACCAUUUGUAAGUUCUCUGAUCGUUUUCAGUAAGAAUAUCGGUUUAAGGGAACUAUUUCUUUUGUCGAGCAGACGAAGUGAACGUGAAUACACGAGAGAAUAUCACUUAAGUGAGAUUCCAGGGUUGCAGUGUUGGAAUCUCGACCAACAAAAAUGGCAUUGUGUUCAUGUAAUGGGGAAGAAGUUUCAUUUUUUGAAUACAACACACCCUAAAGGACACCAGUACCACACCUCCUGAAAAUAGCACCCUUCUUUAGAUUAAGAUAAUUUUGGUUUUAUCAACUGAGUUGAUAAAUUUAAAUUGGCCACUGUAAAGAGUUUCUAAGCUGAUGUUUCCAGUAUUAGCCCUUUGUUUUGCUCUGAUGAAGGGUUAGUGCUUGCAAUAUAAGCUUUGAAACUCUUUACAGUUGCCAUUUUACAUCAUGAUCAUGAUUGAUAAAACCAAAAUUGUCUUGUUAUACUUCCCUACUGAUGCAGCACUACAGUUUCUUUCAAAACUUACCCUCUUCUAUAGAUUUAGUUUGAUAGAAAUAUCUACAUGCAGUUUAUCAGUGAAAUGCCAUUUUGUUAUUUGGAUGUUGGGAGAACAUCUGAAAAGAUAACUUUAGUUUAAAGGGUGGGUAAUACUAUCUGCUAGAUAAAUCUCUAACUUAAAAAUAGACUGGAACCUGGUCUGGUGUUAGAAAAGGCCAGGUCUGAGGAAUAGCAAGGUCAUCAUGCUGUGAUUGAGGGCCAUACAUGAGACUAAAUUUUUCAAACAGGAAGAUCCUCACUAUUUCACCCAGGAGUGUAGAGGGGGAUAUGUAACUGAGAACUGUGAGGGAGAUCUAUUGAAAAUACUCUAGGAUAACCUACAAUUAUUAUCAGUAGUAUUCUAUAGAUAACAGGAGUGUAAUAAGUAAUACUAUUACAGUUGCUUUAAGCAACAGAAACAGGACAAGUUCUUCCAGUCAUGCUAAUUAGUCUCAUAUGCAGACUGAAUCCUUACCUGAGAAUCUUUUUAUCCAAAGGAUUCCGAACACCAAGGUGCUCUUGACCUCAAGACAGAGGGAAAUCAGUAUUUCAAGGAAGAGAAAUAUGAAUUAGCAGCAUCCUGUUACACUCAAGCUCUCAAAUUAUUUACACCAGAAGAAAAGGACAAAGGAAAACUGAAAGAUAGAGGAGUGAUUCUGAAGAACAGGGCAGCUUGUUAUUUGAAACUUGUGAGUAUUAUACAUGCCGUUUUAACGGGUCUGGUUUUUAUCACAUAUGUAGAUUUCUACUAACCAAGGUCAACAUCAGAGUUGGUAAAAUUGCAGACCCAGUUUUUUUUUCUUUGAUUUGUGGCCCACUGAACCUCAAUGAGCUUGGCUAUAAAUCAAAGGGAACAAAACAUGGAUCCAUGACUUAAAAAGUUGACCAAGAACACAUAGCUAGUUUCCACAUUUUUUUUUUCACUUUUCUACUGGGUUUGACUGAAUCAGAAAAUUGAUUUUCAGUCCCUUGCGAGAGCUUAAAAUGAUUGAGGCCAAGUAAAGACAAAACAUGUAUAAUUCAACUCAACACUGUGGUGGAGCAAAACACUCCUCUCCGUGUAUUGAUUAUAUAUUAAUAUUUUCAAUUUCAGGAGAAGUAUGAAGAAGCUGUAACUGAUGCAACUGAGGGUAGGUUAAUUAUUUGAAGUCUAAGGAAAGAUUGUCAUAAAAAAUUGAUAUGCAAUUUAUUGUUAUAACAUAAUUUGAUUUCAUAAUGUUAUGUCAUUUCUUUAGGACAAGACUUCUACACUUUUUCUUUUCUGAUCUUGUUCUUGUAAUUAAUCAAGGUGACAAUUAAAGAACUAUUUUUAAGAUAUGUGCUAACUGAAAUUGUAAAUUUUAACAUUGAAAUGUUUUAAAUUAAUUGACUAGUAAAUUUGUUUGUUUUGUUUUUGUUUUUUUUUCUGGUAGCACUGGUGGCAUUACCAAAUGAUACAAAAGCCCUCUUUAGGAGAUGCCAGGGACAAGAAAAACUUGGAAGACUUGAGGCUGCAUUCCGAGAUGCAAGGACUCUCAUCCAUAUUGAACCAAAGGUACAGUGUAUGAUAUCAGAUUCCUUACAUACAAACCAUACUAAUACCAGAACUGUUUUAGAGUUGGUAAUUUUGAAUUAUCAAGAGAAGUGGAAAAUGUAAAUUAUCACUGUAACGAGUUUCAAAGCUGUUGUUUUGAGUGUUAGUCCUUUGUCAGAGCAAAUGACGAAGGGCUAUUGCUUGAAAUGUUAGCUUUGAAACCCUUAACAGUAGCCAAUUUAUUUAAUCAACUCAAUUGAUAAUACUAAAUUACCUGCUAUACUCUCCCACCAAUGCAGCACCACAGUCUCUUAAGAAACUUACCCCCCUUUAUUCAUUUAUUUUAAAGUUGCUUCCAUUAAAUAAUACUAACUGAAUAAUUCAUGUUCCAGAAUACCACUGUUCAGGAGACUCUUAAGAGACUUGGAACACAGUUACAAGCAAAGGUACCAACAGUAACUGUUUGACUCGUGAUUCAUGGAUUGUUGAUUCACUUAACUCAAAAACUUUCAAAUUGACCAUGUGCCUUCUAGACCUUGAUAUUCUUCAUUUAUAGACUGAUCGAUGCCGCACCACUGAUGGUCUUGUGGGGGAGAUGUUUACUUCCCUUUUCAGUAAGGAAGAAAGUGAAGAGAAAAGAAAGCAAGUAAGGGCUAAUGCCUUAACCUAACUCCCAUGAGUGAUCAAUACAGAAUUUCUCCUUACAAUAUCAAUACCAUAUCAAGCAGACAAGUGAUGAGAGUAAAGGAAAAUAUGGACUAGGUGAUUAUUUGUUGAUCCAAUACCAAAUUCUCCAAACUAACAUCACAACAACUAUGUCAGGGCAGACAGUAAGGAGAAUAACUAAUGAGAUCUGGGGAGUUAAGGAGUUAAAUGUUACUGACAACAUUGAAUGUGUUUCAGGCCUGAGAAGUCAUAGAAAUUCAGUAUGGUUUAUAUUCCAAAAAGUCAUAGACUAAAUAAUUAUUUCCUGAGAACCAAAUAUUUUCUGUGAAUCCAUUGGUGCAAUAAAUGUUAGAUUUUUGACCAACCAGGGUGGUUGCACUAUUUCAGUUAUUUUGAAAUAAUCAUUUACAUGGUUUUGUGUUGCCCAUGUCUCUCUAGCAUGGACAUCCAAAUUUGUUAAAUGAUUGGAGGCUAGUCCUCUUUUUUGAAGCAGUGACUGCAAGAAUUAUUUAUACUUUUCUUAGAUCAGAAUGAUUACUUUCAUGGUUUGGUUUUUUCUAUAAUCCUAGGCCAUUAAGAAUCUUGUGAUUUUAGCUAAUGAUGAACCAGGAGCUCAAAGGAUAUUUAGAGGAGGUCAGUUUUUGGUAUAAUUUUUUCUAUCAAUUACAAUGCACUCCAGAUUACAUUAGUUUUAAUCAGUGGUCAUUCCCAACAGUGUGCUUUUAUUUAAGCUUUUAACAUAUUUGGCCAAUUGAUAAGUUCAAAUUUUGUCUGAAAAAACAUCUUAACUGACUGGUUUUAAUAUGCAUUUCAGUCACUAAAGUCCUUCCAUGUGAAUUGAAAUGGUGCAAAACUUACAGCCACAAUUAAGCUGGCUACCUAACCAACUUUGUAAUCUAUGUCUGUUACUUAAACUAUGAAUCCAUGUUUUUUUUCCACCAUGUCAAAUUCCCUGCCCUUCCACCUGGUUAAUAAGGACAUAAUAUAAUUUUUUUUUAGGUGAAUUACCAAGAGUGGUUUCCUUGCUGAACAGUGGAUCUGAUGAACAGACUGUGGCAAUGCUGAAAGUCCUUAAAGGAUUGUGCACCAACUCUAAAUUGAGGGUAACUUGAAAUUAAGUGAAGCAUUUUUUUAACUACAUGUGAAUCAGAAAAUUACGAACCAUGAGGAUGUCAACUGCAAUAGGCAAGAUACUUUUUAGUCAACAUAUUAAACACUAACAUUUCAUUCCCAAAUAAUGCAUUAAAUUAAUUUGUCAGGGCAUUUAUUGGAUACAUCUAUGAGAGAAAAAUCCAAGGAUGUCUUUCUAUUUGUUCAGGCUGAUCUAUCGCUACAUAUGUAUUUCAUUUGUGUCGUGUUUCAGUUGGCAUGUUCCAUAGUUAGCUAUCCACUCAUUCACAAGUUUUUCAGUGAGUUAUCUCACAGAAAGUAUUAUUAAAUAUUCUGACCCAAUUCACCCUUGCUUGUUUUGUUUUAGACAUUAUCUGUUUUAAAGGAAGUUUCUUUGUCAAGGCUGUUAACUCUGAUUGAAUCAGUAAGUAUUUGUUUAUUAGGUUGAUAUAUUCUAUGGAGGUAUUAUCAUUUUCCUAAAUGUAAAUUCUUGGACAUGCAAUGAUAAAGCAAAUGUCAUAGUCAUAUCUAUGGAGCUUGCAGAUAUAGACUUUGACUUGUUAGAUCUCAUGUCAAGUUGUUUUGAUAACAACUUGACACAAGAUCUAACAACAUAUAUUUUAAUCUUCAGCCAGUGACUGAAGUUUCAACAACAGCAGUUUUAGUCCCACAACAAGCCCUGGAGUCACUUGUUCCAUUGCCACCAGACAAAAAGGAAAUGAAAGAUGGACAACCACCACAAGAAUUAGGUACACAGCAAAUUACUCAAUUGUAAAGUUGGCAUUGUCUUGUACACACUAGAAUGAAUUUAUCUGUCAGUCUAUACAUGUGUACCUUCUUUUUGGAUUUGUAACAUGACAUGCAAUGGGAAGGGAACAAAGUGCUAUGAUUGGUCCAUUCAGAUAAAAUUUACCCUCAUCUGGUAAAGGUUUUUAGUGCACAUUGUUUUUGAUAAGGGCACAAUGUUUCUGACAUGUGUUAUGUAUAUAUUUACAAUCUGGCAGAAAUUGAGGCAUGGUUAUGAUAUAUAGUGUUGUGUCAUUAUUAACUUUUUUUUCAUAUUUAAAUAUUUUAGAAAAUAAGGAAGAAAUUCAAGGUCUUCUAACAUUGCUCAUGGAUACUGUGAUGAGUGAAAAGUAAGUGGGACACAACAGUUUAUAUCUGGCAACUUAAGAUAUGAUUAUGUUGAUAGUAAAUAAUUAUGAAAAUUGUACAAAUAUUUGACUUGCGAGACUACUCAAGAUUAAUCUAGUUACAAAUUCAUGAACAUUUUCAUAAAUACAUGUACAGUUAUCAUGUAACUAUUUGUGUCUGUCAUUGCCAGGGUUUUUUUUAAGCAGGUGUUGAGGAAAUAGACUCUUCAGUUGACUUAGGAGAGUAAAGGUAUAGAAAUGUGCAGAGGUGUGGCCAGCUUUUGACUUGUUGUAGGCCCGUACCUUAAGAAAGUUAAAUUUUUGUGUCAAAAUUUGCAAGAAUUAUAUUAUAGGAGUCAAGUGGGUGGAAAAAAAAUGCUAGGUGUCUCAGGACCAUAGGUUGGCUCUCCUCCCUCCUCCCCCCCACCCCUUGAGAACAUAUAUAUAUAUAUAUAUGCCUGCAAGAAUGCAGAGGAAUACAGAAAAAAAUUAUUUUAAUUUGUUUUAAUUUGUGUUUUGUUUUAACUUUUGAUAUAUGGUAGAGUUGGUGCUGAGAGUCGUGAUGCAGUGAUUGAUGUUUUUAUCAAAGUUGUUCCAAAAAACAAACUGGCUGUUGAACUACUUGUGAAAAUUGGAGGUAAAGUGUUGAAUAAGGUGACACAAGUGAUAAUGAUUUGACAUGUACAUGCUUGUUUAACUCAUUUUUUCAUUGGCUUUGAUCAUGUAUGCAUUACUGUAGAACAUGCUUACUCACACUUUGUCAAAUCAUGUUCCCUUGAAUACUUUGUGCGGUCAUCCACAUUUACCGUCAUCAGAAGCAUUCCAGUCAGUCACCACCUUUUCACAAGUGCUGGGAAAUUUUUGUUCUAAUGAUUUUCCCUUGCCCAUCUCUGGACAAUAUUAUAAUGAACGAUUUUUUAUGACAUAACUCAUAGAACUGUCCUUUCUUUCUGUAGGUAUUCGUAAGCUGAUGGUUAUCGCAGCCAGUACUGCUCCUUUGGAGUCUCAAGGGAAGGAAGCCCUUGCAGUGUCUAACAAUACUCGAAUGCACAUUUCUGUUGCUCUGGCAAAGAUGGUGGAUUCUUUUGGGUAAGUUUUAACCUCUUUUUUACCUCGUGUUCUGUCUAGCAACAUACAGUAAUGUAUCUUUUAGACAUCUGUUAUUCUCGUACAGAUCUGUACGGACCUAGUUGGGGGGUUUUAAAAAUACACCUGUCUGGUAGUAAAAUCUAAAUCGGCUGAAAACUCUUCAGGAAGGAGAAAAGCAAGGCAUACAUUAUACCCAUUCAUAUGAUACAAAUAGGGGUGUUUCUGCUUACCAGAGCUUCUCCUCAGAACUGUAUUUUGAUGAUAACACAACUUUCUUUGCCUCCACUUCCUUCAUGAGAAUCUUUAAUUAUUGAACCAUUCUUUCAGCUAUCAUGAAAAGGAAAAAGAACCUCUUAUGGAAGAUGCAACGGCAGCUAUCAGGUACAGUUACUAAUUGCCCGCGCAAACGACAGUUAAACCAAUCUCAACUUAGUCACUCGCGCUUUCCCGCGCUUCAAGUAGGUUGCCUGCUUUUACUUUGAGUUCUCAUUGGUUAAUGAUGACGUCAACCUUUGUUUUGAUUGGUUUUUGAAAUAAUUCAAAUUGUUUUUUGGUUUUUCAACGCUCAGCUGGAAACUGUUUCAUUGUUCGUCGCAGCCAUCGCUCGGUCUCCUCACGCAGCGCUUUUUAUUUUUCUCCCUAAGAGAUCGAACGCGUUGCGUCAGAGGGAGGUGGUGAGAUUAGAGUGCACGGUGCAUGUGACGAUAAAACUUUCUCUAUUUGUCUUUUAAAUGCACUUCUGUUGUUCACACGAGAUGUUCAGUGCAUUUUAACUGAGUGUGACUUUAUUUUACAGCCAGUAUCUCAAUCAAAGCAGCCCGGAAGCGCACAUCAAAGGAGCAACAGCAUUAAGUUGUCUUUUCCAGGUCUGAUACUCGUGCAGAUACUCUGUUAGCUUCAUAUAAUAAAAAUUAAACUAGGACACUAGUAAGGUUGAGAAGCACUGGUCUACAGCAGUGAGACAAACAGCAUCAACAUAAUUUUAUCUAAUCGUGGCAACGCGCGUCAUUGUAAACAAUAUUUCCUUCAGACUUCGUGCGUUAGUUGGCCGAAAGUCUGGAAUCUUACUGGCUAUCUACGCAUGUUUUCUAUGCGCGGAGCGUAUGUCGGUUUCAUCAGCAGAAAGUGACAAGGAGUAUUGCUACCCAGUGGACGAAAUACUAGUCCACCGUAGGUCUUCUCCCCUUCCAUCACUAAUUCGUCUCGUUUCCAUGAACGUUUACUGAUACCAGUACCAUACUCCUGGUUUUGGAGAGGUACUAGUGACGAGACUUGUAAUCUUAAGCAAGAGUGUGUUACAUUGAUUUAACACCAAGUUUUCCUAAUUUUUUCCGCAAUGAAUUAAAAUUGAUUUCCUCAGAGCAAAGAGGUUAGUAGAGCUGGUCAACGAACCAUAAACUAGUUCUAGAGGAAAUUCAUUCCUUUGUAUGAUCAUCCCAUCUUUUUAGGGAGUACAGGAAGCGGCAGCCACUGUUCUUGGCAAUGAAGAAUUUUUGGGUAAAAUGGUCGCACUUGCGGAAAGGGAAGACCGCGUGUCUCAGGUUUGAACUUUUUCCUUUAAUUCUUUUUUUUUUUAGGUAAACAUUGUGUUAUGAUUUAAAAUAAUUUUAUUUGGUAAUGAUAAUGAGUGUUGCAUGCCUCAAUUUAGAGGAAAGAUAGGGACGAAGAAAAAAAAAAGAUGAAGAAAGCCUUCUUUCGUAACACAUUUUGUUUUGUAUGACAGAACGUCUCUGACGCAAACUUAAUAUUUAAAACUCGAAUUUUAAGACUUUUCUCAGUCUCAUCAUCUCGCUCGAACUUCCUGCCAUCUGAAACAGUGAACCAUUUCAGUCGAGUUCUGCUGCUGUAUUUCCGGCAUCAAGAUUUCAUUUACUUAUGCGUGUAAUUUUUUGUUUAUUUAUUUGUUCGUUUAUUUGACAGAUUGUUGCAUCUGAAACAUUAGCCUUAGGAGCAUCUGAAAAGAAAUUAAGCACAGUACUGAACACAAAGGUAAACGGUUAUGAAGUUCUUUAGUGCAUAGCCUCGUAGGAAAGCUUAGCUUGCCUACGGAGCAGGCGUCAGAUAAAAAUUAGAGCGUGUAUGGGCAGUAGGAAACGCGCAAAAAGAUUGACUAGUUCGGAAGUGAUUAGCAAGCGUUAUUCACCUGCGAGAAGCCAACUUGGAGUUGAUAUUCAACUAAGUGGUUUCAGGUUUAAACAGACUUGUGAUUUUUCUUAACAGGCGUUACCUGUUUUGAAGGACUUGUAUCAUUUAAAGGAUGACAGUAUAAGAGUCAGAGCCUUGGUGGUGAGUUUAUUUAUUUCACUGUGUAGGCUUGAAGGCGACUGUUGUUUGAGUGCGAGGUCUUGUUUCUCUUUAGGGUCUUUGUAAACUUGGUACCACGGGAGGAGGGACUGUGAAUGAUCAGACAUUCGUAGAGGGAGCCACAUUAAAGUUGUACAAAUCAGUGCGUAGGUGAGUGUGGUAAAUAAGUAUCGUAUAUAUCAGUACUCUAUGGCUUGUCACAGGUCAGGAAGGUAGAUAUGGCAAAAUAUGUGCUCGGGCCGAGUGGCCCUCCCAGUUGUAGCUUAUACCGGUUUUCUUAGAAUGAAGAGACUGGGGGUAACCCUUCCCCUCCCCUCCCCUCGCAUUUCAUCAGGCUUCCCUGACAAUUAUCUGGUGUUCAUUUUUACUCCUGGGUAGAGAAAGGCGCAUUUAGAGUCCAGCGCACGCGCACUAACCUCAGUCCACCGCGUCUCCACAGGAAAGAAAAUAGUUAACAAAAAUAUAAUACAAAAGGGAAAAAAGAAAGGAUAAAGACUCUUAAAAGGCAGUAAAAAGUCAGUUCGGAUCUGUGAGUAGGUCGUUCAGCCCGAACGCACCUAGAUGAAUGAUUCGUUAAGCGACAAUGAGUAUGGCGACGUCUUCUGGUUUGUUUCCUUUUUCAGUUUCCUGACAAAAUCUAAGAAAGAUUUAGAGCUGCGUAAAUGGGCAGCUGAGGGAUUGUCCUUCCUUACUAUGGACGCUGAUGUUAAGGUGAGGUAAUGUUGAGUCUUCGUCCAAAAUCGGACACUAAUGUCCGAAUUUGGACCUUUUUAAAAUCGGACAGUAGUGUCUAAAAUCGAAAACCAGUUUUUAAGAUCGACACUUAAGUCUAAAAUAUGACACUAAUGUUUGAAUUCGGAACCAAGUGUCUAAAAUGGGACACUUGUGUCCAAAAUCGGACACUAGUGUCUAAAAUCGGAAAAUAGUGUCCAAAAUCAGACAGUGGUGUCUAAGAUCGACUCUUAUGUCUUAAAUCGGACACUUAUAUCCAAAAUCGGACACAAGUCAUCAAGAUCAUCACUAUCCGUCAAACCUCGAUAUUCUUAAAUUUCGUGUACAAAUAUUCUUUGAACCCCUAAGAAACCGUAUAAUUUUUCCUUUUUUUCAAUUGCAGGAGACCUUCCUUGAAGAUCAGCAGGCCCUCAGGUCACUCAUGGAACUAGCAAAGGUAAAAGAUAAAACUGAAAUACUUUACAUGUCUAAACACUGAAAAUGCGCGUUUUGAUACACGGAAGAGGCCUGUAAGGAAACUUAAGGAAAUGUUCUUCCGGUAUCGAAAAAUUUUGUUGAGGCAGACGCUUUUGUGUACGUGAGAGACAGAGUGGUGACCUAAACAGUAAUGUGUUACGCAUAUAUUUUAUCUCAGGCUAAAGAUGGCUCACUGUUAUACGGAGUUUGUCAAACGCUGGUCAACCUUACAAACACGUUUGACAAACCAGAAAUUCCGGAUGAAAUGAAACAGCUUGGUGAAUUUGCCAAAGUUAAGUUGCCGAAAUUCUCCGAAAAGGUGAGCAUAAAAUCCUGUUGGAGAGUUUCGAAGGCGGCGUGAGGAAAUUAGAAUCCCGAUAACUCGAAUUUCAAGGAAAAUGAAUGACAGAUUCGAGCUCUGAUUGACAUUUAAUAACAGCAAAGUUCUCUUUAAAGGAAACUGGUUAAUACUCGAGCUGACUAGAGGUUCGAUUUAAUCGAGUUUUUGGUAACGAUUUUCUACAUUUUGUACUCUGUGGUCUCCCCUAUGGGGUUAUUUUUUGUGCCGUUAAUAAUCUGAUUCCUUGAAGUCUGUGAACUCGACCACAGCAAGAAGACGUUGCUGUUGCCUCCAAUAGUGCUAUGAACUUAUUAUCUCAACGAGCAUUCGAGAUUACUUUGGCUUUACUCGCUAAAUUGAACGGCGAAUUCCAAAGUGAACGUGUGGGCCUUGAGAACUUAGAUUUGUUUCCUUUGGCCCCAGCUCGUGAAAAAUGAAUGGUAGCUCUAUUGUGCGUGUAACUUCUUCAAAAAAGCUUGACAGUCUGAUUGCUCUGUUGCACUCUUUUAAUUGCAAAAAAAUUACCCCAACCUUUAAAGUUACUUUUUAUCUCAAUUCAUCAAGAGAUCAGUCGAUUGACUUUUUUGUAGGAUGGCGAGGAAUACGUCAAAAAGAGAAUCAAGAAACUUGUCGAGGUGAGAUGAUAAUUUUCCUCAUACGUAUUAUUAUUCGAAAACCAAAUUCAAUAAUUGUUCAUUUCUAGUUUAACGCAGGUGUAGUUAUAUACAAGUUUAUGAAGAAAAUGUUAUUUCAUACAUACUGAGAUUUAUACUGUCAAGUAUCGUCGUUCGUCUUCGAUUGGACAAACGAUGUAUUUUCACAGUCGUCCGCUCCAAUCUUUGAAUUGAAAAAAUGUAAGUUUGUAUCAUAUAAAAAAAUCAUACCAUGGAAAGUGCUUGAACGACUUUUAUUCAUGCGAUGCAUUAAAGAAACUCACUCGUUCGUUUUUUUUAAUGCAUCGCAACUCAUGAAUAAAAAUCAUUUGCAUUUCCGUGGAAUAAUUUCUAUUUCCAUAAUAAUGAGAUUCAUCAGUGAUUGCACUUUCCUUGUCAACAGGAAGGUAUACUAUCAGCGCUUGUUAACCUGACUGAUACAGAGAGUAAUACCAGUAGAGAAAUGAUAUCAAGGUGCGUUUCUUCCCAUUCUAGAUUCAGGUUUUUAUCGUCACUCAUGGAAGUUAAAUGAUUAAAUAAUUACCUGAUGUGAGUUGUGACUAGGAUCUUAACGAUAGUGUAAGUAGAAUCAAUUGCUAUAACUUUUUAUUGUUUUUCCUCAGAGUUUUUAUGGGGAUAACAAAUGAGCAAGAACACAGAGGUGUUACUGUGCAGCAAGGUGGAGUUAAGGUAAGAGAAGGGAGGGGAGGGUGCUUUUAAAUAAGGUGUUCUCUUAUUUCAGCCUUAAACUUAAGCAUGGGUGUUCUAUCUUUUGUUGUUCGAAUCCAGAAAAAUUUUGUCUUUCUCAGUGAAUUGCUGACUCAAAGUUUAAUCUGCUCAUGACAAACAAUUUUCAAAGACACCAAAAACGAAUAAAAAUAUCGUUACCUUGUCGAGAAAUGAGCAUUUUCGUCUUGCAUGAAGCAAGUUUUAUUAUCCUCUCAUUCAGUAUGCUUAUAUAUGCCACAUGAUGCUAACUGUUUCGUCUUUUUUUCUAGGCAUUGAUCUCUCUUGCUGCCCAAAACACUGAGAAAGGAGCAGACUUUGCUGCACAAUCUGUGGCUAAAAUUGCUAUUACUAUGAACCCGGAAGUCGCAUUUCCUGGACAAAGAGUAAGGGAUAUGCUUGAUAAUUCGUGAUCACGUUUGGAAAUAGUUCGUGGUGUGACGUGGUGUUUCGUAUGGGCUAAGAGACCCAUCGUUGAUCGUUGCGUCAGAGUUCUGUCGCAAAUUCAAGUUUUUGACAGAGUGACCUUUGCAGAAGAGUCCCCAACUACGCUUGCGUUGGUAUUUGCAGGGCUAAUUAAAGUUCCUUUCCCAAAUAGAAGAAUUAGCAGUCUUACCUUCCUAACUCCAUGUUCACUUUCGCGAAAAUUCCCUACCUUUGUUUUAACUAAGAAAGCUUUAUGGCAAUAAAUGUAUUUUUAUUAUCUAAUGAUUUGUUUCGUUUCUUGACAGUCUUUCGGCUUGGUUCGUCCUCUGCUGAAGUUACUACAUCCCUCUAAAACGGUGAGACACUUUCUUCCUCGCUUGAAAUAUGGUAUUUUCUUGGAUAUUUUUAAAGAUUUCUGAUUACUAUACUUUUGUUAAUCUUGCAGGCCUUGCAACAAUUUGAAUCACUUAUGGCUCUGACAAACCUGGCACAAAUGAACGACGAAGUCAGGUGAGACAAGAGAGAAAUAAAACCACGAGAGUUAAACGCCUUCUUUUCCGCUCUCUCACAUUAUUUCGUGAGAAUUAGUAAAAGUAGCAAAGAAAGAUCCAUCCUAACCACCGGGUGCGAGAACCUAUGAAUGCACCUUUUCUGGAAGAUAGUGCGCCCCAGAAACCAGCAAGAACUUCCAUCAAGAAAAACAAAUUGUCAAGAUUCAUCUUUCUCGAAACAACUGCAACACCUAGACAGUUCGCAAGACCACUUUAGCUCAGAGGGAAAGAUUCCAGACUUCUGAUUUUAUCCGGCUCUUUAUCGUAACGCUAUAAUAAUGUACCGUAUCUUUUCCUAGUCCUUUAACACUUACAAAAGGAGCUACUGCUGUGGUGUUUUUUUCAUCAGAUUUUCUGUUUGUGAUUGUAGGCGGCAUAUUGUGAAGGAGCAAGGCUUUUCAUUGAUCGAAAGUCUGAUGUUUGAUGAACAUGAUCUGGUUAAAAGAGCCGCAACUGAGUGUAUGUGUAACAUGGUGCUUUGUGAAGAGGUAGGAGGAGAAAUUUAGUUUUCGUUUUAAAUAUCAUAGAUUUUCAAACAAAGAAAUGUAUGCUGUACGCGAUGUUCAUUAAAUCUGGGUGAUGAUCAAUCCUUUAACCCCUAAGAUUCAUUAGCUUCUAAUUUCUCCUCACAAUAUCACCCUUAAAUCACACAUUAAAGUCAUGAGAAUAAAAGAAAUAAUCGCAAUUUAGGAAGCUUUUGAUUGUUAAACGAAUUCUCCUUGGCAGCAUUGGAGGAUGAAUAAAGAGAACAGUGUGGAGAAUAUGAAUACCAAGGGUGUGAAGGUUACGAAAGGCUUCCCCCCCGCCCCCGCUUCCCCCCCACUUCCCCCCCCUAUUCCCCCCCUAUUCCCCCCCCCCCCCCCCCCCUUCCCCCAAAAAAAAAAAAAAAAAAAAAAAAAAAAAAAAAAAAAAAAAAUCUAUGGAGUCCCUUCAGCUAUAAGCCCCCAGUUAUAAGCUCCCCGACCAGAACUUUACUGCGUCAACGGUAUAUUGGUUUUGCUGUUCCCUCCUUUUUUUUUUUUUUGCUUUGCUACAGGUAUUCAAAAUGUACGAAAAAGAAGACGCCCCUACAGAAAGAGUGAAGCUUUUGACUCUGUUGUCAGGCGAAGAAGACUUUGAACUUUCACGGUGAGAUAUUCAUAUCUGCUCAUUGUAUUUCAGUGGUGCGUGUUUCUGAAAAUUACCCUGAUAUUUGCUCGCUGUGAUGUUAGACGGUAAGCGAAGGGCAACUGCUGCAGGAGUGGUUCAAUUGGGAGAGCGUAAGUGGAGCCGCAGACCAGACUAACUUUCAGAAUCUUAAGAUAACAGAGGACAUUGUGCUGCCAUCAAACUAAGUCUGAGUCUCUACCAAAGUUCCCCGUGGAUUUUAACGAACUCGUUAACUUAUUGCAAAAGGGAAGGCAUGAAGUUCCUUGUGUGGCAGAUUUGGCUUUUUCUUGGAUUAUUGUGUCGGUAUGAUUGACCUUUGUUACUUUCCACUUCAAACAGAUUCGUCGAAAAAAAAUUCCACGAUAUGUAACGCAGCUAUGUCCUUUUUCGUUUUCUACUUAACUUUGCUGAAAGUUCUCUGAGAGCAUAGCCUUUUUUUUUGCUAACCUCAUGGCGGUGUAGGGGAAAUACUAAAAAUUAACGUGAAGAAAGCAAAUAAUAAACGCAGACUAAUGACGGAUGGUAAUUUUCGUAGGGUAUCAAGGUGCGAGCAAACAAGGGCUAUAAUUUUAGCCAAUUUUAUAAGCCAUCUUUGUUUCUAAAUUCUAUGUAGGGCGGCUUCUGGUGCAUUAGCAGUCCUCUCCUCGAGCGAGAAAGUAUGCAAACAGAUUAUAAAGGUAUGGCAGCUAGUGUAUCUUGUGUUUACACGUUUUCUCUCUUGUUGUAACCUUAUACCUUAAUUUGGUCUCAAUAAUUUUACGUUACUUUGCAGGUCUCAUCUUACAUGGAUAUCCAGAAGCAGCUGUUGGUUUCCGAGAAGAAAGAGCUCAGGCACAGGUAACGUUGGACUUUUCUCUUCAAGCGCUGACUCUCCGAGAAUGAUAAUUUCUUUUCGGACUUUACACGAAGUUAACGCAAAUGGUGUCACCAUUCUCUUUUAUAGAGGAGCUCAUAUUGCAGCCAACAUGAUAUCUGCGAACAAGGACAUAGCUACUAAGGUAGGAUUUGCUUGAUCGAUUGCCUGAAUUUUUUGGGCUGAUUCAAUCACCAUUCGCAGGGCCGAUUUACGGCGAGCUGAAUGAUAGUCGAAUAAAAGUUUCUCUCGUAUGAAAAAUGGACAGCAAAACCGACUUAAAAAUUAACUGACUCAAGGCACAUUUCACCGCAAUUAAAGUGACUGAUGCACUUGCUUGCGGGCGAACUUGCAGACAGACGAGUGAAGGGAGGAAGGACGAACUGACUGACAAACAGACACACUGACUCAAACUGACUUACUGAUUGACUGACUUACCGGCAGAUUGACUAGCUGACAGACUGAAUGACUGACUGACUGACAGAUUGACUAGUUGACAGACUGACUGACUGACUGACUGACAGACAGAUUGACUGGCUGACGGACUGACUAGCUGAUUGGCUUGCUGACUGACUGACCUGUUGACUGGCUGAAAGACUGACUGACUGACUGACUGACUGACUGACCGACCGACUGACUGACUGACUGACUGACAGACAGAUUGCAUUUUUUUAAAAAUAUCUUUCUUUUCUUGUUGUUUAUCGCAGCUGAUCGAAAGUGAAAUUCUCGAGAUCCUGAUGGUUUUCUCUAAAGACAAUGAUCCUGACAUGUCAAUGGUUAAAGCGUGCGCUGAAAGAGCACUGGAGACUGCUGUGGAACUGAAUCUUAUUAAAGAAAAUGACGAUCAAGAUGCCAGUUGAUGACAGCGAAAAGGUGUUCAGUUAGCGUAGCUAGGAGAGUUUUAUAACCUCAAAGUGAUACAGUCAUUCUAAACUAAUUUCACUUAUGAACUGAUACGAUCGAGAAACAAAAAGCUGUAUUGAAGCUAUCCCACAAGCCUUUGGUCCCUUUCGAAGCGUUCUUUUUCGGUUUACGCUGACUAAGCCCUAGUCGAUUUUGCUCUUGCUAUAAAAGCGAUAUUUGUGCAAUUUGAGGUCCUGAGAUUACCUUUAAAUGCACGACAAAGUCGUUUGUACGGUUUUUUUUAAGAAAAACCAAUUUGUUACAAAAGCAAACGUUUUAGCUGUAAAGGUGAAUUGUUUUUUAUGCUUUGUAAUGAAAUUUUUGGUAAAAGGCAAACAAAUGAACAAAACACAAAAAAAUUAAAAACACUUCAUGUUUUUUGUCAUGUAUGAAUAUAAAAAUCAUUGUAUGGUAUAUUUUGGAAGAGUCGCUUGACAAUUUGACUUUAACAUUUCCGAAAAAGGAAUUUUCAAAGCCGUUCGCCCUUCACCAAAUGCAUCAAAAGCGUUUAGAAUGUCGUCAAUAGUUUCAUAUUUCAAACAUGUAUCACGUAUUCUGUAAAUGGGUUGUUCCCGUUAAGCAGAACCCGACCAUGGAGUGUUAAUCCUACUGAGACUACCACAACGUAUUUUAGUAUGUUUUAUAACAUCUGAAGUUGUUUGUGAAUAAAAUGGGUGUGGUGUAUACACGGAUUACUCAGUUUUGGUCCGCUGACGUUUGUUAGUCUCUAGGUUGUGGACAUCGUGUUUCAAUUAUUGCUAAGUUUUGUGAG